CAGACAGGAGAAUACUCCACACAUGAGUGAGAACAAGAGCCAAGGAGAAAGACAUUCCAGCAGCUUCUAUCCAUUUGACCAGCGCCAUGCGAGUCACGCUUACACACAGCACUAUAUCCUUCCACCUGAGACUGGGCCUGGAAACCUGUUAGAUCCAGUUCAUGAAUACAAGUACAUGGGUAGGACAGAUGAUAUUGACACCUUCAAGAGAAAAUUCAACAAUGAGGUUUUUCGGUUUGCUGCUGGAUGCAUGAAUACCCGCACCAAUGGAACCAUUCAUGUUGGUGUGGCAGAUGAUUCCAAGGAAAUGGGCUUUUGCCAUGGAGAAAUCAUUGGAAUUCAUGUAGGGAGGAGAGACAAAAUCAUUGAUCAUUUUAAUCAAGGCUUGAAAGCCUAUUUUGGAGAGGAAGCUGAAGAUGCCAAAAUGUGUAUUCGAGAACCCCGCUUUGUGGAAGUGUUACUCCCUGACACCACAUCAUCAAACAGAUAUGUCAUAGAGGUGGAUGUUGUUCCAAUUCACACUGUGACUUGUGGGAAGGAAUAUUACAUACAGCCUCUGAGUGAGGAGAAUGGGUGGAAGAAAGGCACAGAUGCUUUGUUUGUGCGAGAUGGGGCCUCAACCAGAGAUUUACUGAAAAUCGGUAAUGCCAGGGAGCUGAAACGUGCACUGCAAAACUUCAAUGACAAUAUCAGAAUUUUAGACACAAGAAGAAAAUCAAUGGAAGGAAUGUCCACUCUUAAAAAAAACAGCGAUCAAGGGGAGCGACUAAAGGACUUGUUAACAUGUGGAAGGGACACUUUGGAUUACUAUGACAACUAUGUUAUUGUCAUGAACAGAAGUCACCCAGAGCAGCUGACACACCUACAGUUUCUCAGUAAACUGAAGAUAUUCAGUGCUCUGGACUUUGACCCAGACUCUGCAGUCAGUGGGGCCUGCAAGUUCUACAGAGCUUCCAGAAUUGCAAACCUCCAUUUCCCAACUCAAUUCCAGGACAAUCCAGAGGUUGUGAUAAAAAAUCUUAAUUUACACAAGCAGACCAGCUGGGUGUUUUGCAAUGGUAGGCAUGACCUUGACAGUGAAUCUGACAGAGCCCUGAAACCCAGUGAUUGGUUAGCGAAAAGAGCCAGCGAGGUGCAAGACACAAUUUCAUUUCUCUGUAAACCCUGUGUUGUUCAAAAUGGAAGAUGUCUGGUGAUAUUUCUUCUGCUCUCCACUGUGGAGGCCAUGAAUGACCCAGUUUUUGAAACGUUCAUGUCAUUCUACAAAAAUCUUGGAGGAGUGCAGAACAUUCUCACUAUCUGCACAGAAGACAACACAUUUCAGAAGUGGAAAAGCUUCAUUGAGUGCAGAUGUGAAAUUGACAUUACAAGACACUGUAUAUAUGAACUAGAUCUCAGUGAAAUAAAUGGGACAAUACUGAAGAUGGGACCACAUAAUCAAACAUCUGGAAGAUUCCUGCCGUCUACUGGGUCAAGCUCCGUUUGCCUUGAGCCAAAGGACGAAGACAUUAUGACUGCUUUGAAAAUCUUGUGCGAAAAUGAAUGUGAGAACAUUUUUGAUGAAGACAGUGAAGAGUUUAAAGAAUUCAAAAUCAAAAUUGAGGAGGAAUUCUACCGGGGGGGUAAAGCACAAUGGUGGAACUUCUAUUUCGCAGACAAACCCAAGGUGAAAGAUUUCAUAAAAAGAGACAAAUAUGAAAAGCUGAAAAACAUGGUCAAAUCGCAAACUAAAGAUCCCACGUCCCCGUGUGUAAUACUGAACCUCUUUCACCACCCCGGUUGUGGUGGGACCACAUUAGCCAUGCAUGUGAUGUGGAACCUGCGAAGAGAAUUCAGAUGUGCCAUUUUGACAGAUAAAACCAUCCCUAAGGAUGAAGUAGCUCUUCAAGUGAAACAUCUGAUGAAGUGUGGGAAGAGUGAGAAAUCAGAUGAAACACCUGUCCUCUUACUGGUGGAUGAUUCUGAGGAAACGGAGAAUACACAAGAGCUGCAGAACUGUAUUCGACGAACAGUAGAUGAAAAAUCUUCAAGCCCACUUGUCAUCAUCCUGAACUGCUUGCGCUCACAAAAUCCAAAUGACCGCUACAGAAACAGUGUAAAUGACAGUGUGUACAUUACUACAGAACUGUCAAAAAAAGAACAGGACCUUUUUGAGGACAAGCUCCAAGAACUCAAAGAAAAUCACAAGAAACCUGAAAACUUCUAUAGUUUCAUGAUUAUGAAGUCAAACUUCAGCAAAGACUACAUAGAAAAUGUAGUCUUGAACACCCUGAAAGAUCAAGACAUUAAUAGUAAACAAGCACAGCUUCUUUCCAUCUUGGCACUGCUGAAUUCCUAUGUAGCUGAAUCAGCCAUUUCUCUGUCUCUCUGUGAGAAAUUUCUUGGAAUUAAUAAUGUGCUCUAUGUAAGAGAAACCUUAGAGCAGAAAAUGGAGCCUUUUUCAACUUUGCUAAUUCGAUUCAAGACUGAGGAAGAUGGUACAUACACAGCCAUUCGUAUCCUUCAUCGAAACAUUGCCACUCAAUGCCUUGAGGAGUUGGAUAAGAGGUACAACAUACUCAAAAGUGACAUAGUCUGUAACUUCUUACACUGUGAUCUGUUCUUCAAAACAGAGAUGGGGCAUGAUUCUCUCAUGCAAUCAAUCCAGAGCAUGCUGAUCACAAGGCAACGCAAGAAAGAAGGUGAUGAGAAAGACACACUGUUUUCUCCUUUAAUUGAACAGAUCAACACUGAAAAAGAUGGAAAACAAAUCCAAGAAAUUUUUGAAAAAGCAGCCUCAAGGUUUGAGAAAAGUGCUUCCAUCCCUCAAGCUUUAGCAAGGCAUCUAUACCUCAAAGAGAAGGAUUUUGCCAAAGCAUAUAGUUGGGCAAACAAUGCCAAAAGUAUAAAAGAAAAUUCCUACAUUGUUGACACACUGGGGCAGGUCUCCAAAAGUGAACUGAAACACAAAAUUGAAAUGGCAAAACAACAGAAAAAGGCACUCAUCCCAGAGGAUCUAGAGGCAUACCUUGAUCUGGCGAAUAAGGCAACAGAAGCUUUUCAAAGAGCUCAGGACUUGGCAAAGUCUAGUGAGGUGCCAGAGUUUGAAGAAGGACGUAUGAAGAAGCAGAGCACCUACAAUAUAUCUGGCUACAUGGGCGAGAUGGAUACCGCCAUGAUUGUCUUUGAAAUUAUUUGUAGACUUCCAUUUUUUGAGGAGGGUGACCGAAUGAAACGUAGGUACAUGCAGAGCUUUCUAAAUGGAAGUAUGUCUACUAGAAACAUUCCAAUUGAUGACAAUGAAUGCAGCGUCCAGUUAGCAGGGGUCCUCCAAAAAUACACACACUUUCUCACCACUUUAAGAUCUCGGGUAAAACAAAUCUUUGACUUCUUUGAAAUCUACUUCAUCUACAUGAAAGAAAGGAAUGUUGAGAAAGAAAAAGAAGUGAUGAACAGGAAGAGAAUCUCAGAGCACUUCAACAGGUACAUCUCGCUGUUUUGUUCUUCAGCAGAGGAAAGAUCCAGCGAGCGAGGAAGCAAGCCCACAUUGAGCCUAAAUAUGGAGAUUCAAGAGCACAGGAUGUUUCUGGAGGAGAACAAAGCAGAUAAUUUCCCAGGUAUACUCCAGUACUUGGAGGACAGCAGUGGACAGAAAAUACAGACGAUUGUAGAGUCUUAUACAUUUAUACAUCAACAUUCUGAGAUUAAAAGUAACAAAGACAAAACCAAUUAUAUCCUGGCAAACAUAAUACUCCACCUCAUCAUGCCAACAUCUAAGUUUGUUAAGAGCAUCAAGUACCUGACUGACCUUCUGAAGGCAAUACUGCAAGAUGUGGGAACACACCACCCCUAUCCUGAGCCAUACUAUCUGGCUGUGCUUUUGCUCUGGCCAGAGAGAGACAUGAUUGACUCUAACAUUAAAAUCUAUGUGAAUUCAAUCCGAAAAUCUUCCCAUAAACAACUGUCUCACCUUUUCCGGAAAAGAAACACAAUUGCUCACUUCUAUCUGGGCAAAUUGGAGGGAAUAAAGAGACUUGUGCCCAAAUCUGUUCUGGACAACUGUUUCUCCAGUGUGAGGCAACGCAAUGCCCUUUGGCAGAGUGCAGACAUCUUUAAGGAGAAGCUGAUCAAGGACAGGUUACUCAGAGUGAAUGGAACUAUUGAGAAUGGGGAGGCAUACAUAAAGUAUGGCAAACUAAAAAUUCCUGUGCGUCCAGCUUAUCUGGGUGGAGUCAGGAGUGGGUGCAGCACAGAAAAUGUGUCUUUCUACGUUGGCUUUGCCAUUGAUGGUCCUCUUGCAUAUGAUAUUCAGUAUGAAACAUACUCUGAGAACCAAGGGGAGGAGUUUGAUCGUUCUGUGCAAGCAUCUAGCAGUUAA